AUGUCUUACAAUCCCCUAAACUUGAUUGGUCUUCUGAAACAAAAAAUGUCACCUCAACUAGUUCUACAACAAGCCCAGUUAGUCACAAUAAUAUUUCCAACUCAAAAAAUCAUCCAUCAAGUCAGUAUUAAUAAAUCACAGAGACAUACAAUCACCUACCCACAACCAUCUAAACAAACAACACAAAUAUCAAAUAUCACUAAACAACAAUCUGUUUCAUCAACUAUCUCUUCAAAAAUGCAACAUCCUACAAUUAAGCAAACUAAUAUAAAACAUGUAUCUAAUAAUCCAACUAAUAAUACUUCUCUAAAACAUCUGGCUACAACAAAACAGAUUCAAACAUCAAAUAAACAGAAAGUCAAUAGUAAACCGCUUCCCUUGUCACCCAAACACCCUAUAUCAAUUGCUAAAAAAGUGGUUAAUACGGUGAAACCAAUAGUUACAUAUCAGUCAUCAGUUAAAGAUGUAAAAAUGUGUAUUAAGUGCAAAGCUGUUGGUAUAUCAGAGGAUGGAUCUUGUGAGCCUUGUCGUAUUUCUUCUCAUUUAACAUGUGUUACAUUCACAAGGGUUGCAACACCAAGUACUUCAGCAAUUAUAGCUCCUGAGGUUCCUAUUAUUACCCCUACAAAGCCUAUUGAUGUCCCUUCAAGUUCCGUAAUUGACCCAUCAGUUGUGCUGCUUGUAUCAUCCGGAGACGAAGAUGAUGAUAAUACUUUAGAACCUAUUAUUACUAAAGUAGAGACAACCGAAGCUUUAAAUAAAUAUAUAGGCAAAUUAACUUUAAAUCCUAAACAUUUGGAAGAUAAAUUAUGGCAGAAAGACUUUAAGAUGACAGAUUAUUUUAAAAUUGAUGAGUGUCACUCUGUACACAUUGGUAGUUUUGAAACGGUUCCAGCACGUUGUGGUGAUAUGUUCGUAUGCCUGCAUGGAAUACGUAUGGUGAUACGUAAUCCUGAAUGUGAGACAGUGACUAUUGAUUUACAAAUGGACAAUGUUGUGAAAAUUUUGGGUUUUUAUGGAGAAAAGCCUUUAAUUAUAAUUUAUACUGACCAUUUAGCUGCCGUCGGUAUUCAGUAUUUAUUAAAUAUGAACCAAGAUAACAAAAAAUACUUCUAUGAUCCGUUUAGUAAAGAUGCAGUGCUAAAUAAAAUAGUUUUGUAUUUUAAUUUAAAAAAAAAUGAGUUAGCACAUUUGGAAAAAUUACUGAAGAAAUUACCUAAAAAAAAGUAUGGACCCUUGACCGUAAAUCAAGCCCACAAAAUACUUAGCUUACAUAAAAAGGAUGAUGAAGAGAUCAAAAGAUGUGCAAAAGUAGAACAGGAUGCCGCUGAUUCGGCUAUUGUGUUAUUGAUAGAUAAAUUAACUGAGAGUACCCAUACAAUCAAAGUAUUGGACUAUAAAAUGUUGAGCUCAAGUGAAUUUUUGAAUGAUAUUCUUAUUGAAUUUUAUAUGGAUUAUGUGUAUACUUAUGAAUUAAGUGAAGCAGAUAGAAAACGUUCAAGUAUCUUCAGUACAUACUUUUAUACCGCAUUAUCAAAACCUAUUAAUAUAGCUGACUAUAAUUCAUCCUUAUCACUAUCAAAGAUUAGACACCAAAGGGUAAAAAAAUGGACUAAAAAUGUUAAAAUAUUUGAAAAAGAUUUCAUUUUUAUACCAAUAAAUGAAAGUGCUCAUUGGUAUAUGGCGGUUAUAUGUUAUCCUCACCUAUCAGGUAAGAUCAGCAUGAAAGAUGGCACACCAGUAAACACACCUGAUGAUCUUACUGGACGAUAUGAACUGCCACCAAUUGAAGCAAAAAAUCCCGAACGUACUGAAGCUGAUCCUAACAUUGAAGAUCUUUGGUUAUUUGAUGUGAAUUCAACUCAAAACUAUCUAGAUAAAAGUGGAGUUGAUUAUGAAACUGAUGUGACAAAUUACUUAAAAAAUAAACAUACGCCAGUUAAACAGCCUUGCAUUUUAAUACUAGAUUCUAUAUCUGGUGGUGUUAAUCGUGCCAGAGUCACAGCCACACUACGUGAUUGGAUGGAGCAAGAAUAUAUCUCUAAAUACAAUGACGAAACAAAAGACUUUAGCCCUAAUACUAUUAAAGCAUCUUUAAUUAAAGUACCUCAGCAACCUAAUUUUGUAGAUUGUGGCCUUUUUGCCCUUCAUUAUUUUAAACUAUUUUUUGAAAAGCCGAUCGUAGAUUACACUUUUCCAAUUUGUCACUUGGAAAAUUGGUUCCAUCCUGAUGACGUGUCUAAGGAUAGUGCAAAAAGAAAAGAGAUAAGAGAUAUUAUAUUUGCUAGGAUGAAAGAACGAGGAUCUGUUUUGCCUUCGGGUUUUAAGUUACCAGUUCUCGAUUUCACUCCCUCUCCUACCCCAAAACCACAUUUUCAUGAUGUAUCAAACUCAACAAAUCGUCAGAGUUCAUCAAAUCCAUCAUACCUGCCAAAUCGUUUUCAUCCAAACGCACCACACAAUUCUCCCAAACCUUCAACUUCUCAAAAUCAACCAAAAAAUCCCAAUCCUUCUCUUAAAUUUCCAAAUUAUCUUAAUAGAAAUAACAGCAGGUAUAAUAGUCAUCUGUAUUAUGAUGACCACAAUGAAGAUUCUGAGGAAGAAAGCAUAGAGAGUAUAGAUGAAGAUGUAAACAGACAAUUUAAUGAAAAUGAUCAUUAUGAUGAAGAUUUUAGAGAACCAUAUGAAGAAGAUGAAGAAGAAUAUGAUGAUGAAGAACUAGCAGUUAUUCAGCAACAAAGAGAAUUUUUGGCUGAAAUGGUAGAGAGUCCGGAGCAUGAAGAUGACGAAGAAGAAACUUUAGAACAAGAUUAUGAACCAAUUAAUGAAUUUCAUCAUAAUAAUAUGCAUGUCAAUAAUGGAAAUGUUCCUUAUGGUAAUGAUGCUCGUCCUGGAUUGGGCAUUCACAGAGGGGUUGCCAAUCCUAACGAAAACUUCCAAUUACUUAGGCCUAACAAUCGUGAUGUACCAUUCAUUAAUGACAAUGAUGAGUAUGAUGAAAUUGAAGAUGAAGGUGAAGACAUUGAUCAAAUUCACCAUGGUAUUGAUGAUGAUGAAGAAGAUGACUAUCCAGAUGCCAAUCAAAGAAUAGAUCAUCACAGACGUAAUAAUCAUUUUAAUCACCACAGGAGACUAUCAAAUUAA